AACCUCCAGGCUGGUGGGGCUGUGUGUGCUAAGAAGGAAGUUGGAGGAAACGACCAAGAAAGGAAGGGGAAAGCAGGGCCGGUUUCGGGAAGCCGGGCCCCCUGCCAAGCCCCAAGCCGCGUUUUAUCGGCAGCCUUGCAAACUCAGCGAGCGCCGUCAGCAGCGACAGGGGUCGGGCAAAACCACCGCGACCCCGGGGCCUCCCGUGCCGCCGGACUUCUCCUAUUUCCCGGCUCAAAUAGAGGGAUGCUGCGGGGCCCGGGGCUGGGGCCGGCAUGGCUGUGCGGGCAGCCCUGCUGCUGGCGGUGCUGCUGCUGUCCCACCGCCCUGGGGACACGGCAAUCCUGGAAGCCAACGGCAACCUGAGCUGCCGCUGCCUCAAGAGCACCCGAGCCUUCAUCCCGCCGGAGAGGUACAGCAGCGUCGAGGUGUGGCCCGUGGGCAGCAGCUGCCGGCGCCCCGAGGUGGUGAUUAAGCUGAAGAGCCUGAAGAGGGUCUGCGUGGAUCCUGACACCCCUUGGGUGAAGAAACUCUUGCAGGACCUCCCUGAUCUGAGGAAGAGGAAGGCUCCCCGCUGAGGAAGCUGCCACCAGAGGCACGGCCAGAUGUGCUGGGCCCAAAACUGCCUCCCUUCCCCGUGCUGCUGUUGCCUUACCCCAAUCCAGAGGGGAGCACGCUACCGCCUGAGCCCCUUUUAAUGCCUUUAAACCCUUAAAAAUGCCCAUCCCUGCUUCCGGCCUCUCCUAUCCCAUAGCCCUGCGCUGGGUGUCCCUUUUGGGCGCCUAAUAAAGGCCUAAUAAAGGUGGCAGCCCUCUGUCACUGUCCCUUGGCUCCCUUCGUAUGGCGUGCCAGGUUCUUGGGGUGGGAGGCAUUUAGCUUUUGGCCGAAGCCACGGCAGGUUUGAGGAGGCGGCCGCGGCGUUUUCCGCUUUUUGUGGCGGGGAGGCAGCGCGGGCCACGUGUAGCGGGGGGAAGCGACGGCAGGGAAGUUGAGGCGGAGGGCUGCCCCUUUGUCCUGCUCCUUCCCAGCCCCAGGGGGGGUUGUGAAAUCCCCCCUGGGGCCAGGGGCUGGCUAUAAAGCGGUGCUGCUGCAGCUCGGGGGGGGCUGUGAGGAUGCGGCUGCUGCCGGCCCUGGUGCUGGCCCUGCUCCUGCUCCUGCUCCUGAGCGGCUCCGUGCCGGUGGGCGGUCUGUCGCUGGAGAGCCUGCUGACCAACAUGAGGUGCAAGUGCAUCAAAUCCACCGCCCACGCCAUCAACCUGGGGCUGAUCCUCACCAUCCAUGUUACCCCGCCGGGCAUUCACUGCAGGAGGAAGGAGGUCAUCCUCACCCUCAAGAGGAACAGGCAGGUGUGCGUGACCCCCGAGGCGCCCUGGAUCCAGCUGCUCAUCCACAAGCUGAUGCAGAGGAACGGCACCAAAAAAGCGCUGCCGCGGCCGCGGCGGGAAGCACCGUGCCGCCGGACCCCUUGGAGACUCCCCGCCCUGUCCCUCCCACCGGUCAGAUCCCAGGAAUCCACGGUUAUCAAUCCCUCGUGGGACAGCAAUGGCACGACUCCCCUGCCCUGAGACACGCUGGGUUGAGUGGCACAAGGCUGGCCCUUCCUCUGCUCCCGGGGUUUUGGCGGGGCAGGAGCUUUCCCUGCUUUCCCCUCAGGCACCCGCUGCUUCCUUCCCUUUUGGGUUCCCGCACACAGCCACAGCGCAUCCCAGUGGCACCAAUAAAAGGAUGAAGUGCUCCCCCCA